AGUAUUCCAUUUUGGUAUGGAAUUUAAUGGAGUGUGAAAGCAAAAUCUUAUUAUUUGGAUAAUUUUUCAAAAGAAGAAGAGUCAAAUGACUCGCUCAAGUCAAACAUGGAGUUGCAUAUGAAAAUCUGGUUCUCUUCUGUUUUGAAUUGCUUCAUUUUUCCUUUUUUUAGUUAUUAACGAACAAUGCUUUGACAUCCUAUCUUCUCUGAAUGUUGGUUCUCACCUUCAAGUCUAAUGGCCUUGACCGACAGAGCUUCUUACUUGCCUUGAUUUACCUAACACUGUACCCACCAAACUGCCUCUAUUUAUCACCUGUGCCGACGAUUUAUUAAAUUGUUGAUAUCUUCACACAGUAUUAUGUCUGCUUGUUUGCUUCUUCAUUAGCCGUCUAGUUGCAACACCUGUACCGAAGAACAAGAUAAGGUAAGCGAGAGGCCAGCCAUGGAGAAGGAGUCCAUUUACAAGAACCCAAGUGUCAAUAUGGAGGAUCGGAUCAAAGACCUUCUCUCUCGCAUGACCUUGAAAGAAAAAAUUGGUCAAAUGACUCAGAUUGAGCGUCGAGUCGCCACUCCCGAAGCCCUUAAAGACUUCUCCAUCGGGAGUAUACUUAGCUCCGGGGGGAGUGGACCAUUUGAGAAUGCGUUAUCUCAUGAUUGGGCGGAUAUGGUUGACGGGUACCAAAAGUUAGCACUUGAGUCCCGGCUUGGUAUUCCGAUCAUUUAUGGUAUUGAUGCAGUUCAUGGUAACAAUAGCAUCUAUGGUGCCACUAUAUUUCCUCAUAAUAUUGGCCUUGGAGCCACAAGAGAUGGAGACUUGGCACGAAGGAUUGGAGCUGCAACAGCUCUUGAAGUUAGGGCCAGUGGGAUUCAUUAUACUUUUGCUCCCUGUGUAGCUGUAUGCAAAGAUCCCAGAUGGGGAAGAUCUUAUGAGAGUUAUGGCGAAGACACAGAUAUUGUUAGAAAGAUGACUCCCAUUGUCUCAGGAUUACAGGGAGUGCCACCAAAAGGACACCCCAAUGGCUACCCUUUCAUGGCUGGAAGAAAUAAUGUUAUUGCAUGUGCUAAGCAUUUUGUUGGAGAUGGAGGUACAAAGAGUGGUAUAAAUGAAGGGGAUACAAUCAUAUCCUAUGAUGAUUUGGAGAAAGUUCAUAUGGCACCUUAUCUGGACUGCAUUUCACAAGGAGUUUGCACUGUCAUGGCAUCAUAUUCUAGUUGGAAUGGCCGCAAACUGCAUGCUGACCAUUUUCUCUUGACAGAAGUUUUGAAAAAUAAGCUAGGUUUUAAGGGUUUUGUAAUUUCUGAUUGGGAAGGUCUUGACCGACUUUGCGAACCCCGUGGAUCAAACUAUCACUAUUGCAUUUCGGCUGCUGUUAAUGCUGGAAUUGACAUGGUCAUGGUUCCUCUCAGAUAUGAACAAUUUGUGGACGAUUUGACAUUUUUGGUGGAAUCUGGAGAGGUGCCACUGUCCCGGAUUGAUGAUGCUGUUGAACGAAUACUGAGAGUGAAGUUCGUUGCUGGACUUUUUGAGUAUCCCUUCUCUGAUAAGUCUUUGCUUGAUACAGUUGGUUGCAAGCUUCACAGAGAAUUGGCUCGUGAAGCGGUUCGAAAGUCCUUGGUUCUUCUGAAAAAUGGAAAGAAUCCUGAGAAGCCUUUUCUUCCAUUAGACAGAAAUGCUAAAAGAAUUCUUGUCACUGGAACACAUGCUGAUGAUCUUGGGUAUCAAUGUGGAGGAUGGACAAAAACUUGGUAUGGAGUUAGUGGCAGAAUUACAAUUGGUUCAACCAUUUUGGAUGCAAUUAAAGAAGCAGUGGGGAAAGAAACAGAAGUGAUCUAUGAAAAAUAUCCAUCACCAGGCACUUUAGCAGAACAAAAAUUUUCAUUUGCCAUUGUAGCUGUAGGUGAAGAACCAUAUGCAGAGACCCCUGGUGACAGCUUGGAGCUUCUAAUCCCCUUCAAUGGAAGUGAUGUUAUCAAGUCAGUUGCUGAAAAAAUCCCCACAUUGGCUAUUCUGAUAACUGGAAGACCCACGGUUGUAGACCCACAGUUAUUGGGAAAAGUAGAUGCUCUGGUCGCUGCUUGGUUGCCUGGGAGUGAGGGAGGAGGAAUUGCAGAUGUUAUCUUUGGGGAUUACAAUUUCACUGGACGACUCCCAGUGACAUGGUUUAGAAGGGUUGAACAGCUGCCAAUGAAUGCUGCAGAUAAUGCAUAUGACCCUUUAUUCCCUCUCGGUUUUGGGUUGGCAUUCAAUGAGAAGCCCUUGGACUAAAUAAUUUUAUGCACCAAGCCGGCCCAAGGUUUGAGGUUCUACCUGUGGAAAUAACUAGUUCCGAUCAAUAAAAUUCUACCACAAUCCUGCUGUUCCCUAGUCAUAAUUCUAUCAAAAAUGUUCAUGAACCUGUUGUUUCAAUGAAGGCUAUUAUUGUUUGUUGAGCAGGGGAUUCAACUUGGUAAUAAGCAGCUGCUUGUGUGAAAACUAUGCUGAGUCGAGUAUGAUCAUAUCAAUACACAAAUACUGAACUAUUUCGAUCUCCUGUCAAAAGCAGGAGAUAAUAAGAUAGAAUAGCAGAUCAGAAUCCUAGAUGGUGACAGAUCGAAUUAUCAUAAUACAUCGGUAUGUUAAAUUUUUUCUCUUCUUCUAAGAUGCCUCAAGCCAUGUUGUUGUAAUUUGAUAUGUUUCUCUUGAAUAACUAAAUCUCAACUCCUUGAUGCAUGAUUGCAUUGUUUAAUGUUACUGAGAUAUAAUACUGCUUCUUACCCUCCCUUCA